AUGAAAACGAAGAGUGAAUUGAAAUACAUAGUGAUUUGUGUGUGUUUAAUUUCCUUGUUUAACGGCAACUAUUCCUACCCGUCAUAUCAAUCGUCCAUUCCAAACGGAGAUAAAGCCCCUCACCCCUGCCACCAAAACAAACUCUGGAAUGGUGUUGGACACGAAUUACCUGGAGGUGGAGGAGCUCUGAAUCCAUUCGGAAUCGAUCUGUAUCAAAACAAAGUAAACACUGGAAAGAUCUGGACUAAAUCUGUGUGUGGAGCUGAUUCAGAUGGUGAUGGUCGCACCAAUGGACAAGAACUUGGAGAUCCCGACUGUUUAUGGACUGAGAAUACCAGUCAGCUGUUCACUAAUUCUACAAUCACUCAUCCAGGCAUCUGUGAACCAACAGAAAGCGAAAACUGUAGAAAGAAGAAUAAAUGGUUGAAAUGUGAUGACAAUAAUUUUCAAUGUCCUUUAAUCCAAGACGAUUCUGAUGUAAAAGAGUUGACAUUACGAAUCCCAAAAACAAAAGUGCAACACAAAGGCAGUAGAUACAUAUGUACACACCUAACUGUACCAUUGGAUGGAGAUUAUCACGUGAUUGCAGUCAAACCUUUUAUUGACAAUAGACGUGUUGUUCAUCAUAUUGUACUUUUUGGAUGCGAUGCUGUAGAGAAUCAGCCCAGAAUGAAUGAGGUGAACACUUGUGAUUCUAAUGAAGGACCUUCGUAUUGCCAUAUCGUGACAGUUUGGUCUCUUGGUAUCAAAGGGGAAUGUUUUCCCGAUAAGUUUGGUAUCCCGAUUGGUAAUCAUGGUUUUACCAGGUUUAUGUUACAGAUUCACUGGCAGAAUUCUGAAAAUAAUGUGGGCUACACUGACAGUUCAGGAAUGACUUUGUAUUACACUCCAAAUCUGCGACCAUAUAAUGCUGCCGUCUUAACUAUCGGUCAGACUAUGUUUCAUUUGGCACCAGGACAGUCCGAGGUCAAGGUUGAAGGGACUUGUUCUGGACAAUGUACGAAACGUGAAUUCCAAGGACCUAUUUACAUUCAUUCUUCAUUUAAUCACAUGCAUUCUUUAGGUCGGAAACAAAGAGUAGAACAGUAUCGGAAUGGUUCUUUAAUCAAUAUAAUCUCAGAUCUAGAUCAGUUUUCAUUCGACAGACAAUACAUAAAAGUACACGAUCCUCCAGUAGAGGUACAACCUGGCGAUGACUUACGAGUUACUUGUACUUAUGACACGACUUCUAGGAACUCGACAACAUCGUUUGGACAAGGAACAGAGCUAGAAAUGUGUUUUGCCUUUUUAACCUUUUAUCCAUUUGAGAACGUUCACUCUAUUUUAAAGUGUUUCACAUGGCUCAAAUUUCCCCAUUGUUUUAUUCUUGACUUAAUGACAUUUGCGAACAACGUGAAAGCAAACCCAUUUUUGAAAAUUGGGAUUCAGGCUGCAAUGAAUUCUUUACAGAAUCAUGGAUAAGAUGUAUCAUCAUUUAGAGGAGUACCUGUGUUGAGACAUAAUAAAUCGGAUGCAUAAUGACACGUGUUUGUGUUAUCAUACGUGUGCCGUGCAGAAGAGGCUGACAGCUAAAGAACCCGGAUCUCAGUCAUAUCAGCUAUUGACAUCACUUGUAUUCGUGAAUGUAUUACAGCAAGAAAGAGUCGUAAAAAAGAUUCCAGAGUUUUUUUUAUCAACUUUCAUACACAAUUGUUUUUACUUUCCGGAGCAACUGAUAUUAUCCAUGGUUAAGUGGGGUUCGUGUUGCUCAAUCUUUAGUUUUCUAUGUUUUGUUUUACAUAUUGUUCUUUGUCUUUUUGACGUUUUUGUUUCUUUCAGGCGUUGUCAGUUUGUUAUCGAUUUGUGAGUUUGAAUGUCUCUUUUUUUCAAUAUCUACGUCGACAGUUUAAGUCUUAGAUAUAAUAUAUCAAGCUCUAAAUCGCCCAGAAUCUAUUAAAGUAGUGAAUGAUGUUUCAGUUAUAAUCAAAGAUCUGUCAUUAUCACCUAAUCAAAGUUACGGGCAAAUAUAGGUACAGUAUCCAAGAUUUUCUUGACAACAAAUUGUUUUAAUGGAAUUUGGUAAACAAUAAGGUUCAUUUAGGAUCACUUAUAUCAUGACACAUGUUUUAU